GUAAACGGGUUCGCUCGGGGCAACGAGGCUUAAAACAAAAUUUUGAAACUCUAGGAAAAAUGACAAACUUUGCAUACUCUGGAACGCUCGAAGGCUCUUGACAUGUUUCCAUCUUUACUCCUUCUAUUGGUCAUACUAUCGUGCCCAAGAAUAUGUUACCACGUUAUUUCUUGAGUGUGUUGCUACUAUGCCUUUCAUCGCAAUGCAUUCCAUACGGAUCUGAACCAUCUUCGCCGGCAUCAUCGGAGUGGAAAGAAUUUCUCAACUCCUCUCCGGAGCAGAUCCACCCUGCUCACUCUGAAGCAACCCAUGAGGCUCAUCACAAGUUGCCACCGCCAGCUAUUUCACAGUCACAACCGGCGGGAAAACAAGAAAAGAAAUUAUCACAACGUGCAAACGCCGUGAACUCUCGAAAACAUCGCGAAAAGAUGAAAAGAGAAAAUUUGGAGGAUUACAAAGAGAAAACAAGAUUAUCAAGUAGAAGGAGUUAUAAAACGCGCAUGCAAAGGAUACGAUCUGAUCCGAAAUCAUAUGAGGAUCAUUUGGCAGCCGAAAGAGAGAGAUCGAUAAAGUAUCGUUAUAAAGCAAAGGCAGAGCUAAUAGAAGAUCCGGUAAAAAGAGAAGAGUUUUUAAGAAAAGCGAAAGAUGAUGCUAAUGCUAAAGCAAGGGUCAAGUAUCAAUUGAGAAAACUCUUCACAGGUCAGCCAGGUAAGUCUCAGCAUCAAUUACGCAAAGACAGAAUUAAAGCAGGAACAGCUACGCAAGAAGAUCACGAGAAAGUUAAAAAAGAAUUGGAGAGAAGGCGUAAUUGGGCACGUCAGAAAUUGAAGGAUCAGCAAAAAAGUGGUUGA